GUAAGCCACAACAUAAUUUCCUAUUUAUGCAGCUGUGACGACGCCGCGCUUUGAUUGGCUCUGGUUCGAGCGCGCAAUCAAAGUUUGAAAUUUUCUCGGGAGGACUAGUUGGACAAGCCGCCGUUAGUCGUCAUUGCGUGUCGCGAGUAGUGACGGCGGACCGCAAAAGCGUCUCGUGAUUAUUACCGCUCUCUCAAGUCAAUCUCGUACGCGAGGAAUAUUCGCGAGUGUUUUCUGUCGAGUACAACGUACCGAACACUGCGUGCGAUCGCGAUUACAUGUUUAUAUACCGCACUUUGGCAAUCUGUAUCCGACAAUUCCUUACUGCGUACGACUUGGCGGUACCGGGCCGACAUCUUUGAUUCUUGGAGCCUGUGCGAUGUGGAAAUCCGUACGAUAUCGAGACUUUCAACGUGUAGUUUAUUUGUAACGAAAAGGAUCGUAGCAAAGUUCGUUGAGGUCGAUCCAAUUUCUUCCCGGCGCCGGCGUCUCGUUGCGCGGUACAGCGCCGAGGCUCGCUCGACGUUGGCGGGACAGUAAAAAUGUCGCCGCAAACAUUUCGUCAAGGCUACUUGGCGCAGACUUGAAGCCUCUUUGACUUGGAAGCCGUGGACGCGUGUCUGUAAAACAUUGGUAUUCUCAUAGUGAAAUACAUGGCAGUUGAGCGAAUGGCGCGGGAGUCGGUAAGGUCGGGAGUUGCUCGAGCAAGAGCCCGGGUCGAGUACCGACAGAUGUCGCCGCGAGUAUCUUUUGGCCGGAGCCCGCGUGAUCAGAGCAGCGGUCCGCCAUCUUGCGCGUGUGUGCCGCGGACCUUGUUGUGCGCGUCGCGAGUUUUCGCGUGACGCGUGAUAUGCGUAAACGUCAAGGUGCAGCGAGGUUUCCGCGGAAGGCGUUCGACGGAGGUGACGCAACGUGACGACCCGAGGGACGGGUGCGGUGCGUGCGACGACGAGCGGCCCCGGUGUCUUGGCGGAAAAUAAGAAGAGGAAGCGGACGGAUAAAAAUCGGAAAAUGGAUGAAAAUCAACAGCGGGGACCGAUAUUCCGGUCUCUCAACAGUCAACACGAAUCCUUCGUCAGAUUUAUUAACACGACUCCUCACAUUAUUACUUUGUACUGGAUGGAUUAUCAAGGACAGGCAAUUAGUUAUGGCGAUCUGUCACCUGGGGACUACAGAGAAAUAAACACGUUUCAUACGCAUCCGUGGAUUUUCGUCAAUAAAGAAACGGGUGUCAGGUACUUGGUGGAGCAGCGCGAAGUUUUCUUACCUGCGCCAUGGUUUCUCAAGUACCGUGGCGUUAGGCCGAGCGAACUGCCGCAAAGAAUCGAGAGGACCAACGUGUACAUCGUGCUACCAAUGUUCACUUUGCAACAAAUGUCAUUAAGAGUCAUCAAAAACUGUCUCACGAACGACUCGCAGGCUUUCCUCCUCGACAUUCCACGGACUCUCCAGGAAGAGCUCUUUACGAUGCUACCAAAGAAAAUUCAAUCCUCGUGACAUGCUCUCAUUUAACGUGCCAUCGUUUUUACCAUUAGGAUAAUGACGAAAGAGAAACUGGUAUAUUUUUAACUUUUAUAAAGACGAAGAAAAUGUUUUAAAAGUCCUUAGUCCCUUUUUGCAUGUAGAAGAAUAGAAUGAAUUUGUUUUUUUUCUUUUUUCAUAGGUACGUGCAAAAAUAUACCGCAUAUUAUUUAAUGUCAUUACGUGCACAAUGCAGUUCUUAAAGGUAGGCAAAUUAAUAUUUUUUAAUACAACACAUUUCUUUCUCGAGAUGAAACCGUUUAAAGCCACGAGUGCAUUAUGCUCCACACAAAGUAAUCACGGAUUAUAGAAAUGUUUAAAACAGUCCAAGUGUUUGCGAAAAGUGCAACUAAAAAUUUUACUUAUUUUCAUUCAUCAACACGCACAGAUGUGCGGUAGAUACGAAUAAAUUUCACAAUGAUACGCCACUCGGGAAGUUUGAGGAAAAUCGUCGAUAGUAGUCCGAGCUCGUUUCCGCAAUUUGUUAGCAGAGUUGCCAAGGUAUUAACCGGCCUCCUUUUCUGCGUUUCGUCCUUUUCGCUCCUUUCACGUUCCUCUCAUUUUCCACACGAGCUCGAUAGAUAUCCCGAAAACUUUUCUUCGUUAAUUAAUAGGUAGCCAAGUAUCGAGCAAAAGUGAAAUGUACAGUGAUGCAUUUGUUAUCGAUAUGUAAGUUUUGUCAUAUAUGUAUAUAUAUAUAUAUCGCGAAAAACAUUGUAAUAAAUAGAUAUAUAUAUUUGCAGUUAUAUAAAAACAAAAUAUAUGUGUUACCCUACUACAAGAAAAUUGUACAGAAAAAAAACUUGUAAGUAAUA